UUUCCAUAUAUAAGCGCUAGGGAGCCGCACCGCGAGCUUAGUCGUUUUGGAACUUUUCACGCGUUCGCUGCCUCAGUCUUUCGUUUCGUCUUUAUCCAUACCGCUUCACAAUGAAGUACGCUGUGAUUGCCAUCGCUUUGUUUGCGUUUACUACCGCUUCGGCCUCUUCCGCUGGACAGUUCUUGCCCCGUGCCUUUUUCACCUUGGACUCGGAGGGCCACCAGUCGGAUGUCCACCCCGUGAAUGCCCAUCUCCUGAGGCGUCUGCGUCGCCAGGUGUACAGUUCGUCUUCCUCGUCAUCAUCCUCCUCCUCCUCCAGUGGAAACGGCGGCAGCUACACCUUCGCCUCACACAGCGUUCAAAAUCCCGAUGGCUCCGGUCAUGCUGGCUCCACUUACAUCCAGCAGGCUGCUCCAGCUAGUGUGUCCUUUGACACCCGUUUCGGCGAGGACUCCGCAACUAAUGGCAACAACUAUUAUUCCAACUACAACAAUGGCUACAACACCGCAGGCCUCUACACCACUGGAGGCACCGGUAGCUACCAGCACAGCUCCGGAGUUGGAGCCAUUCCCGCCACCCAAAUCCAGCAGACCGUGGCCGUUAUCGAUGCCCAGGGCAACCAGAAGGUGACCAACAUCCAGGGUGCCACCGAUGCCGCCGGCGUUCUCAACAUCAAGAAGACCGAAUCCAAUUAGUCAUCCAAAUAGUGUAAACUUUAAUAAAUUACAGUAAAUUAACUGA